AAAAGAAAAAACGGAGGAGGCAACAGGCGGCGAGCCGGCGAAACGAUCACUCAUUGCGCCUUUCCCUCCAUGGCUCCCUCCCUCCUCCUCCUCUCGCGUCAAAUCGAGCCGAAUUAUUGCUCGCCACGCGCGCCAAGCCAUUCCCAGCCCAGUUCCCACCGCCUGCUGCUCUGCUCACUCGCGCGCGCUGUGUCCGGCUCGCCGCCGCGCCAUCCAUCUUCUUCUUCCUCUUCUUCUCUCUCCCUCUCGCGCGCACGCGGCGCGUGUCCGGCUGGCGAGACCGAGAUGAUCGCCUGCAGGUGCCUCAAGAUCCUGGCGCUGGUGUCGCUCGCCGCGCUCGCGCUCAGGGCGAGCUCGCUGCUCCUCGGCCGCGUCGCGCCGCCGUGCCCGUCGUCAUCGGAGGCGCCGUCGCGGCGGCCCGGGCAGCUACAGCCGACGGACGGCGGCGGUGUCGCCGUGGCUGGCGGCGUCGUCUCUGCCUCGCCCGGCUACCGGAGGCACCGGAGGAGGAUGGAGGGCGGCCUCGCCGCCUUCGCCGCGAGGAGGUUCCGGCAACACCACGUCGUCGCCGGCGCCGGCGCCGCCGCGUUUGAGGCCGACAAGAGGCUGGCACCGACGGGCUCCAACCCGCUGCACAACCGACGGUGACCAUGACAAAAG